CUCUCGGAGCUUGGCAGAGGCGCCCCAGCGCUGGUCUUUGAGCCGCGCCGACACGCGCAAGCUCGUUUGAACACUGCGGUGUCGCCCAUUGCUCGCGCGCGCUGCGAUUUUUCAUCCGUUCGACGCGUCAGCGCUCGGGAGGCGCACACCUCUCUGGAACAGGCACUACCUCUCUGGUAAAUACGCCGCCGCGGCGCGCGCGCACCGGUUCGCACGUCCGUGAUCGCAACUCCCUGAACAGCUGCAGUGCCGUCGCGGCGCCUCUGCACUGAUAGAGAUGGCCUCCGCCGAGCAGAUCCGCCGGGCGAUUCAGGCCGAGGCGGCGCCCGUGAAAGGCGAGUGGACGGGUGUCGUGAAAAAAACCAAGCCGGACGGCGUCCCGAAGCCCCGGGGCCGCGCGCCCCUCGGCGCGACCUGGGACUACGACAAGGGCGAGUGGGUCGGCGGCACGAAACCUGCGCUCAAGAACGCGACCAGCGCGCCGCGCGCGCGCCAGAAGACGCAACGUUUGUCAGAUUUGGUCGACGCGGGCAAGACCUACGCGAAACCGAAGAAGAACGCGUUAUCCGAGGCCCCGACGCCCGAGAAGUCGCCCAAGAAGAAGCGGAGAAUAAGACCCAAGGCGUUGAAGCCGCCUCGGAAAGCCGCGGGCGGCGCGGCGGCGCGGCCCUUUGUUCCCGACGAGGACGGCGAGGACGUGGCCGCGGGCCCGGUGGCGCGGCGGUUCCACGCCGACGACGACAGCGAGGAUUCGGAAGUCGCGGCCAUCACGAACAGAUUUCAGCCGCCGAAGCCGCCCAAACGAAAAAAGGAAAAGCGCCGCGGCCCUCCAUUAGAUUCGUUGUCCUCACUGCCGCCGCCGGGCACGAAAAAAGCGCCCCAACGCGUCAAGCCGCGGCCUUUCUUGGAUACGAAGCGGUGCACGCAGCCGCCCGGGCCGCGCGUGCCGAAAAAGCGGCCGCCGAAGCCCGACCUCGUCGUCGAGAAGGUCGAGGCGCUUUCUGGUCGAGUCGUCUACGCGACGGACGACGAGAGCGUGGGCUCGAAGAAGGGCGAGAAUUCCGACGACGAAGACGCGCGGUCCACGGGUUCCUUAGAUGAUUGGAUCGUGGCCGACGACGCCUGCGUCGCCGAGGACGACGCGGGCUUCUCGGCCGAGGCGCGCUGGGCCACCGAGGGCGCGGGUCUAUUGCGCGAGCUCUACGCGCGGCCAAAGGGCACUGGGCGACCGAGGACGCCGCCGCCCGCGCCGGCCAAGGCCGUGCCGGCGUUCCACGCGUCGCCGGGCGGCGCGACGGCGGCGGCGGUCACGACGAACCCCGCCGCCGCCCCCAAAAAGUUUGUCGGGUGGUAGCGCGUGGCGGCGAUGGCGUGGUGUGGGCGCCGCCGCUGCGACGGGUAAAGAAUUAAGUGUAACACAA